AUGUCGGCUGCACCCAAGUCGCAUUAUGCGCCGCCGCCUGCGCAGCAGCGUGCGGCGCCUCAGCCCCAGCAGGCUGCACCGGUGGCGUCACAGGGCCCCGGUUUGUUUGGGCAGACUGUCGGACACGGUAUCAGUAACAUGCUUUUCGGUGGUCGCUCAUACGAGGCCGCUCCGCCGCCCCAGCAGGUUGACUCAUUCUCUGAACAGAAUACGGGCAUCAACUGCGACGUGCAGAGCAAGGACUUUAUCACCUGUCUCGAGAAGACCAACGAUAUGAACGCAUGCGCUUACUAUCUCGAGCAACUCAAGGCCUGCCAGGCAGCUGCUCGUGGCCACUAA